AUGGCUUCAAUCGAGACGCGAGGGCCACUUAUUGGAGGCGUAACGUGGUUUCUCUGCCUCUUCUGUGGAGCAUUUCUGGCCUUGCGUGUCUACGCAAAGCUCAGCCGACACCAAAGGCUAUGGUGGGACGACUGGAUAUUGCUAUUUUCCUGGACAUGUCUCUUUGCCGAGUCCGUUAUCACGCAGAUGGGUAUCAAUAUCGGCUUCGGUCGCCACUUUUACGACAUCGAACCAUCAAACUUGAUGACCAUAGCGAUGUACACGUCGAUAGGCGCGUCCAUCUCUUGUUUCGCCUCCACGGGCAGCAAGGUGGGGUUCGGUGUCACGCUGCUACGACUUACGAGCGACUGGUACAGGGUCUUUGUUUGGUUCGCUGUGGUUACGUUGUCCAUGAUAAUGCUACCUAGCGCGACCCUCACCUGGCUCAAGUGUACCCCCGUGCAAAAGAAUUUCAACAGUCAGAUGGAGGGUACUUGCUGGGAUAAAGCAAUAACGCUCAACUACGGCAUCUUCAACGCGGCCUGGUGUGCCGCAAUGGACUUUUUUUUGGCCAUGAUUCCCUGGAAACUGAUUUGGGGUCUUCGUAUGCGGAGACAUGAGAAACUUGGAAUCUGCAUCGCAAUGAGUCUUGGAUGGCUGUCGGGGGUUUGCGCGAUCAUCAAAGGCGUAUAUCUUGUCCAACUGGAAGAGGGUGACUUUUUCUUCAACGGAAAAGACGUGACCAUAUGGACCGCCGUAGAGACCGCUACUGCGAUAAUAGCCGGGUCGAUCCCGGUGUUGCGUGUAUUUGCCAGAGAGAAGGCUUCUACACAUGGGUACAACAGCAACAAGCACGAAAACUCACAUAACAUGGAGCUGAACAGUUAUCACGGUACUGUCAAGUCACCUACUGUUCGAGACACACCAGAGCUACAAUUAGUUACAAACAACAGCCUACCCGGCGAUGAAGAAAUAAAAGGGGGAAUACUACAGCAGACAAACGAACCAAAGACCCAGCAAAGUCGCACAGUUGUCACGGAAUAUGUGGACAUUGAAGCACAGAACAGGAAUGUAUCAAAUGGAAACUGA